AUGAGAAAGCUUCAUACUUAUCCUCUUUCUCAUGCUCUUUUGUGCUUUCUUUGUUUCUAUAUUGGAAUCAUUGCUGUUUCAUCAGUAACUGAGAAAGAGAUUCUGCUUCAAUUUAAAGGAAAUGUAACUAGUGAUCCUUACAAUAGCUUAGGCUCAUGGGUUCUUAGUGGAAAUCCUUGCCAAGAUUUUAGUGGUGUGCUCUGUAACGCUGAUGGGUUUGUAGAUAAGAUAGUUCUUUGGAAUACUAGCAUAGGGGGAGUGUUGUCUCCGGCUUUAGCCGGGUUGAAAUCAUUGAGGGUUUUGACAUUGUUUGGGAACAAGUUUGUGGGAAAUUUACCACAAGAGUAUUCUGACAUUCAAACAUUGUGGAAGAUCAAUGUUAGCUCAAAUGCGUUAUCUGGGUUUAUCCCAGAGUUUAUAGGUGAUUUGCCUAACAUUAGGCUUCUGGAUUUGUCAAGGAAUGGUUUUACUGGGGAGAUUCCAUCAGCUUUAUUUAAGUACUGCAACAAAACCAAGUUCAUUUCUUUGUCACAUAACAGUCUUCUGGGUUCAAUUCCGGAAUCAUUGACUAAUUGCUUGAAUCUUGAAGGGUUUGACUUCUCUUCCAACAACCUCAGUGGUGGCAUUCCUCUAGGAACUUGUGAUAUUCCAAGGUUAGAUUAUGUGUCAGUGAGAAGCAAUGUGUUAUCUGGGAGUGUUGUGCAGCAGCUUUCAGCUUGUAAGAGCUUGAAACUACUGGAUCUCGGUAGCAAUAUGUUUACUGGUGCAGCACCAUUUGGGAUUGUUGGAUUGAGCAAUCUUUCAUAUUUCAAUGUGUCCCAUAAUGAGUUUAACGGGGAGAUUCCAGAGAUUACAGCAUGUAGUGAGACAAUGCAGUAUUUUGAUGCUUCAUGGAAUGAGUUGGAAGGAGAGGUUCCUUUAAGCAUUAAAAACUGUAGAAGUCUCAAGGUUUUGGAGUUGGGGUUUAACAGAUUGAGUGGGAGCAUCCCAGAGGUGCUUGGGGAUCUGGAUAGGCUUUUGGUGAUUCAGUUAUGCAAUAAUUCACUAAGUGGGACGAUUCCAAAGACAUUGACAAACAUUCAGCUGCUUCAGGUCUUGGAUUUGCACAAUCUCAACCUUGUCGGUGAAAUUCCCAAUGACAUAAGCAACUGCAUGUUUCUUCGACAGCUGGAUGUCUCUGGUAAUGGUUUACGAGGAGAGAUACCUCAGAAGCUUUACAACAUGACUUACCUUGAAAUCCUUGACCUGCAUAAAAACCAGCUCAAUGGAAGCAUCCCACCAGACCUUGGAAACCUGUCCAGAUUACAAUUUCUGGAUCUGUCACAAAAUUUGCUUUCUGGGCUGAUUCCUUCUUCUCUUGGAAAUCUAUCAAAUUUGACCUAUUUUAACCUCUCCUCCAAUGACCUGUCAGGCAUUAUUCCCACAACAGUCCAAGGGUACGGCCGUUAUGCUUUCAUUAACAACCCUUAUCUCUGUGGUUCCCCUCUGGACCAGCCUUGCUCAGCAAAUGGUAAUGGUACUGGGAUUUCUACUUCGAGGAAACCGAAGGCUCUUCGAUUGUCUGCCAUCAUUGCAAUUGUUGCUGCUGCCCUGAUUCUUGCUGGAGUUUGUCUAGUAUUCAUAAUGAACAUCAUAGCUCGCAGAAAGAAGGUAGAUGAUGUGACAAUGGUAAUUGAGAGCACACCACUUGGUUCAACUGAUUCAAAUGUGAUUAUUGGGAAGUUGGUUCUCUUCAGCAAAAGUUUGCCUUCAAGGUAUGAAGACUGGGAAUCAGGCACAAAAGCUUUGCUUGACAAAGAAUGUAUAAUAGGUGGUGGAUCACUUGGCACUGUCUACAGAACUACGUUUGAAGGUGGCAUCUCGAUUGCAGUGAAGAAGCUUGAGACUCUGGGAAGGAUCAGAAACCAAGAAGAAUUUGAGCAAGAAAUUGGACGACUGGGGAAUCUUCGACAUUCCAACUUGGUAGCCUUUCAAGGUUACUACUGGUCCUCAACAAUGCAGUUGAUGCUAUCGGAGUUUGUCCCAAACGGAAACUUGUACGACAAUCUACAUGGUCUUCAUUACCCUGGAACAAGCACUAGCAGUGGAAAUAGUGAACUCUAUUGGUCGCGGAGAUUUAAGAUUGCUCUUGGAACAGCAAAAGCUCUUGCCUACCUUCAUCAUGACUGUAGACCUCCUCUUCUCCAUCUCAACAUUAAAUCCACCAACAUACUCUUAGAUGAGAACUAUGAGGCCAAGUUGUCUGAUUAUGGACUGGGAAAAUUGCUUCCCCUUUUGGAUAAUCAUGGUUUAACCAAAUACCACAAUGCCGUAGGGUAUGUUGCACCAGAGUUGGCUCAAAGUCUAAGACUAAGUGAGAAAUGUGAUGUGUAUAGCUUUGGAGUAAUUCUUUUGGAGCUGGUGACAGGAAGAAAACCAGUAGAGAGUCCAACAGAGAAUCAGGUUGUGGUUUUGUGUGAAUAUGUUAGGGGUUUAUUGGAGGGUGGCUUUGCUUCAGAUUGUUUUGACAGAAGCUUAAGGGGUUUUGUAGAGAAUGAACUGAUUCAGGUUAUGAAGUUGGGGUUGAUUUGUACAUCUGAGCACCCUUCAAGAAGACCAAGCAUGGCUGAAGUUGUUCAGGUUCUUGAGUCCAUUAGAAAUGGCUCAGAAUCAUCAUAGUUUCAUUUGACUACUGCAAAACUAUAUUCUUAAUUCAGCUCCAGAUCAAUGAUUCGUUUUUUACCAGAGUGAUGGUCACAGUGAUAGUGUUUAGAU